CUGUCACUUCCCUAAACAGAAUCAGAGUUGUUCCUAUUAGAAUAAAAGCUCACAUAACCCAAUCAUUGUUCAUUACAUCUGAAUCCUCAACAUGCCCUUAUCCUUAUUCUGAUUCACCCCAGAAGAGUAAAACCCCACAAUCUCUCUUUUCUUCGAUUUCUUCGGAAUGGGUACAGAGACAUCAUCGGUGGAUGUUAUAGAACCCUUGCUUGGGGAGCCUCACAGCAACGAGGAAAAGGAGGUUCCUGAAUGGAAGGAGCAAAUUACCUUAAGAGGGUUGGUGGUGAGUGCUGUGUUGGGGAGCUUGUUCUGCAUCAUCACACACAAACUCAACCUCACUGUUGGGAUCAUCCCUUCUCUUAACGUUGCUGCUGGCUUGUUGGGGUUCUUCUUAGUGAAGACUUGGACUAGUUUCUUGACCAAGAUGGGAUUUUUCACCAAACCCUUCACCAGACAGGAGAACACUGUUAUUCAGACAUGUGUUGUUGCUUGCUAUGGCCUUGCCUUUAGUGGGGGGUUUGGUUCAUCCUUGAUUGCCAUGGAUCAGAGAACGUAUGAACUCAUAGGCCCUAAUUACCCUGGUAAUAGAGCUGAAGAUGUUAAAAACCCAGGCUUGGGUUGGAUGAUGGGUUUCAUGUUUGUUGUCAGUUUCCUUGGACUUUUUAGUCUUGUGCCACUUCGUAAGGUUAUGGUCUUGGAUUAUAAGCUUACAUAUCCCAGUGGGACAGCCACAGCAAUGCUAAUUAACAGUUUCCACACAAAAACUGGAGCAGAACUUGCAGGGAAUCAAGUUCGGCAGCUUGGAAAAUAUCUAAGCAUAAGUUUCUUCUGGAGUUGCUUUAAGUGGUUCUUCAGUGGUAUUGGGGAUUCAUGCGGAUUUGACAACUUCCCUAGCUUUGGUUUAACUCUAUUUAAGAACACAUUCUACUUUGACUUCAGUCCAACCUAUGUUGGAUGUGGUCUUAUCUGUCCUCACCUUGUAAAUUGUUCAGUUCUCCUCGGAGCUAUUAUAUCAUGGGGCUUUCUGUGGCCUUUUGUCUCCGAGCAUGCUGGGGAUUGGUAUCCAGCUGACCUUGGUAGCAAUGAUUUCAAAGGUCUUUAUGGAUACAAGGUUUUCAUAUCUAUUGCCCUUAUUUUGGGGGAUGGUAUAUAUAAUCUGGUAAAGAUUAUACUGAUAACCGUUAGGGAGAUGUGGAGGGCAAGCUCCAAACAGAACAGCCUUCCUGUUGUGACAGAGGUUCAAGAAGAUGAGAGUUCUCAACUGCAAUCAGAAGAGAAGAGGAGGGAAGAAGUAUUUUUAAAGGACAGGAUACCCACAUGGUUUGCCGCCUCUGGAUAUGUAGGCUUGGCUGCCAUAUCGAUAGCAACAAUACCAAUUAUUUUCCCUCCUCUCAAAUGGUACUUGGUUCUCUGCUGUUACAUUCUUGCCCCUGCCCUUGCUUUCUGCAACUCUUAUGGCACCGGCCUCACAGACUGGAGCCUGGCAUCCACAUACGGCAAGAUCGGCCUUUUCAUCAUUGCAGCAUCAGUUGGCCAAAAUGGCGGUGUAAUAGCUGGCAUGGCAUCAUCUGCCGUGAUGAUGUCCAUUGUGGCAACUGCUGCUGAUCUCAUGCAAGAUUUCAAGACAGGUUACCUCACCCUCUCAUCAGCUAAGUCCAUGUUUGUGAGCCAAUUGAUUGGAACAGCCAUGGGCUGCAUAAUUGCUCCUCUCACAUUCUGGAUGUUUUGGACUGCCUUCGAUAUCGGCUCACCUGACGGCCCUUACAAAGCCCCAUAUGCCGUUAUAUUCAGGGAAAUGGUCGGCAUUCAGGGCUUCUCAGAGCUUCCAAAGUACUGCCUGGAGAUGUGUGGUGGUUUCUUUGCAGCCGCCCUGGCUAUCAAUCUUUUAAGGGAUGUGACUCCUAAGAAAUUCUCUCAGUACAUACCUAUCCCAAUGGCAAUGGCAGUUCCCUUUUACAUUGGUGCUUAUUUUGCAGUUGAUAUGUUUAUUGGAACUGUGAUAUUGUUUGUAUGGGAAAGGUUGAAUAAAAAGGAUGCAGAGGACUAUGCUGGAGCAGUUGCUUCUGGUUUGAUAUGUGGUGAUGGGAUAUGGACAAUUCCUUCUGCAGUCCUUUCUAUUUUGAGGAUUGAUCCUCCUAUCUGCAUGUACUUUGGUCCUUCUGCUAGUAGCUGAAUUAAGCAGCUUUAGCUUGUCCUUGAAACUACAAUGUUUAUUAACCUUGUGUCUGUAAAUAUGUGGAUGAAACAUCAAAGGGAAUAUCUAAGUUUCAUUUCCUCUAUGUUUCU